AUGGAGGUCAAGGUCGACAGCGUGCGCGUCAGCCAGGGGUCGUCUGUGGUAUACCUGCGAAUCCUGGACGGCAGCGGCUACGUCAUCCCUGUGCACAUCGGCGAGGCCGAGUCUAACGCGCUCCUCAAGGAGAUCAACAAGCAGCGCCAGUCGCGGCCGCUGACGCACGACAUGGCCAAGAACAUGGUGCAGGCGGUCGGAUACCGCGUCACAAAGAUCCGCGUGACCGACAUCAUAUCCAACACCUAUUACGCCCGCAUCCACCUCGGCCGCGUCUCCGGCGCCCCCGGCGCCCCGCCGACCGACGAGGUGGACGUCGACGCGCGCCCCUCAGACGCCAUCAACCUGGCGGUACGCUUCGGCGCCCCCAUGUACUGCUCCAAGAAGAUAGCUGAGGCCGCGUCGAUCCCGCCUGCGGAGCAGCUUGGCGCGGCGGCGGCGGCGGCGGCGGCGCUGGCGGCGGGGGCGGCGCGGGGCGGGCGGGGGCUGGAGAGCAACGCGGAGAUCGUGAGGAGCGUGAGGGAGGCGCUGUCGUCCUAUGACGACCCCACGGUGAUGUACCAGCUGCAAAAAGAGUUGGCGAUCAAGGAGGAGCGGUUUGAGGACGCACGGGCCUUCCACGAGCACAUCGUCCACGAGAUGACUCACAACCGCCUGCUGCGCAUGGUGGUGGCCAUGGAGACAGCAUUGGCCGAUGGACGGUACGACGAGGCCGCCAAGCUGCGGGACGAAUACCGCCGCGUGAUUACUGAGGAGGCGCUGCACGCACACAAGAGCUCGGGCGGCGGCAGCGGCGGCGCCGCGCAGGGCAAGGAGGAGCAGCGCUAG